CCACCAUCACCAUCAUCAUCGCCACGAGGAGCGGCGAGUGAGAAGCCGCAAGACGUGGUGGGUUCCCUGUGCAUCCACAGACCCCCCGCCUCCACGGUGUUCAUAGUUCUCAACAGCUCCCGAGAGGACCCGCUGUCCGGUUGGACUUCGUAGGUGCCUAGAGGACCCCCCCCCCCAACCUCCCCGCCAUGUGGCCUCCACGCGGGGCGCUGGGGCUGGUACAGGGGUGCGCGGUGGGAGGUCUCGUGGUGAUGGCGUUCCUGCUGGGGAGGCUGAGCGUGAGAGAGGGGGGCCGCCAGCCCCUCGCCGCCGCUGCGUCCUCGCCACCGAAGACGUGUGGCAGCAACAAGGCGAAGGGAUUCGCGGCGUGGCAAGGCACGACCCCGUGGAGCCUCAACGCGUCCCUCACGGAGCCCGGGUUCGGGGGGCAGCCGAGGCGCGCGGACCGCAUGCUGGACGAGAGGCUCGCAGCAAUUCCGACGACCACACGUGGUUCCAUCAACACCCCACGUGGUCUGUCCACAACGCCACGUGGCUCCAUCAACACCCCACGUGGUCUGUCCACAACGCCACGUGGUUUCGCGACGAGGCCACGUGGUCUUCGCGCCACCGCGCGAGGUCUGUCCACGAUGCCACGUGGUGUCCGCACCACAGCACGAGGUCUGUCCACGACGUCACGUGGUGUCCGCACCACAGCGCGUGGUCUCUCCACGAUGCCACGUGGUGUCCGCACGGGUCCACGUGGCCUGCUCAAACAUCCACGUGUUCUCGCCACCCCGCCGAGGCGUCCGCAGACGACAGCAGCUGGGAUUGAACCCGAACCUUACAGCCGGGGUCGCCCUCAGAGUCUCCCACAGGGGUACUCGGAGUCCCUGCGAGGACCCCUUCGCUUGCCGUCGACAGGGCGAGGGGUCAAGAGAGUGAACCUGGCGCCCGCGUGGCUGGGAGACACCUACGGGGAGGAGGAGACGUACACACACAGCCAGUGUCCGGACGGAGUGCGCGCGCGCGUGCGUCACGUGGCCUGGCUGGCCCCCCUCUUCGAGGCGCGCGUGCCCGUGCUGAUGUGGAACGAGCACGCGGAGUGGGGGGCCACGCGCGCGCGUCUCGCGCCCCACCUGGCCCCCCACGGGUGGAAGAACGUGAGCCUGGCGGUGAUUCAGGACGCCCUCUCCGUGCUUGACUCGCCCGCCAACCGCUACCUGUUCGACGCGGCGCGGGCAACGGGAGGUCACGGCGUGACCCCUGCCCCGAGAGGUCACGGCGUGACCCCUGUCCCGAGAGGUCACGGCGUGACCCCUGCCCCGAGAGGUCACGGCGUGACCCCUGCCCCGAGAGGUCACGGCGUGACCCCUGCCCCGAGAGGUCACGGCGUGACCCCUACCCCCGGCGGGCUGUGUGUGCGCUGCGCCGUGGUGGGGAGCGCUCCCGCGCUGCGCGGAUCCGGGCUCGGCCCGGAGAUCGAUCGACACGACCACGUGUUCAGGUUGCGGGGCGUCCCCACGCGCGACUCGGCGCGGGACCUCGGCUCGCGAACCUCGUUCCUCACGCUCGCCAGCGGCAGCAGCAGCGGCAGCACCAUGGACAGCGCCUCGCACGGCCCGCCGGAGAUGAGGUUGGUGGUGAUCCCGGACGAUGCACGUGACUACGCGAUGUUGCACGACGUCAUCACACACAGCCCGGGACACUCACAGUGGCUCUCCGCGCUGCUCGGAGCGAACGCCACCGCAGGGAGCUUCAAGCUGCUGCACCCGGACUUCGUGCGCUACCUGCGCAACAGGUGCGCCCCGUGCCCCCCACAGGCUACUCCCGUCGCGAGCUCUGAGCACGAACGCGCGCUGGGUCUACCGGCCAUCCACCGCCGCAGUGCAGCUGCUGCUCGCCCUGCACACCUGCGACCAGGUGUCGGCCUACGGGUACGCGACGCGAGGCUACGCGCGCCACCCAGCGCGCCUGCUGCACGACACGUCGCUCAGCCACCUCGUGCUCUACGUGCGUCACGACGCGCGCAUCGAGGCGCGGCUCUGGCAGCGCCUCCAGUGCGAGGGCCUCCUGCGCAUCCACACGGGGGGCCAACGGGGGGCCCACGUGGGGCCCACACGGGGGAUCACAAGGGGAACCACAUGGGGUCCACACGGGGUCCACACGGGGUCCACACGGGGUCCACGUAGGGCCCACAAGGGGAUCGCGUGAGGACCGCAUUAGGACCGUGCGGGGAACGCGAAGGGACAAAGCAGGUGCUACGUAGGGACCACAUGGGGAUUACACACGGGGUUCAUGUGGGGCCCACAUGGGGACCACGUGAGCAUCAAGCUGGGACCCACAUGGGGACCACGUAGGGACCACGUGAGCAUCAAGCUGGGACCCACAUGGAGACCACAUAGGAACCACGUGAGCAUCAAGCCGGGACCCACAUGGGGACCACGUGGGGAUUAAGUGCGAACCAGGCGGUGAUCACACGGGGACUACGUAGGGACCACAUGGGGACCACUUGGAGACUACGCGGGGUACACGUCGGGACCACUCAGGAACCACACGGUCCCCACGCGGGUACCACAUGGGGCCCACUGAGCGCACGCGCUUCGCGGCCUUCAUUGACAACCUCGCAGUGUCCCGCGUCUCAGACUUGCCACAGAAUCUCACGGGGUUCUCCACCCACAACACACCACCGGGGGAUGUCGUCUGGACCCUGAGCCUGCCAUCGACGGAGACUUCACGCGGACCUCACAAGAAACCCACGGGGUGGUCACCUAGACCUCACACUAGCACCUAACCUCACGUAUUUUCUUUCUCGCUCGUUAGCCCGACGCGGCUGUUGGCGCCACGAGACGGAGGGCCCGUGUCGUUCGAAAACGGCGCGCGGAAGCGGAUAUCACAGAACUUUCUCUGAGAUCCCUUCCUCCAAUGACCUCUGUUUGCUAAAGUAGAUGGCGACCAAAUUUCGAUUUAAAGCUUUCGUGACUGCAGGCAUUCAUAUUCUUGGUUCUUUCGGUAAAGUCACGUAGAAAGGAAAUGAUGAAAUGAAAAAAAUAAAACAAUAAAUUUCUCACGACGUUUUGAUUGCAACACAAGCAAUCAUCAUCAGGUGUGAAAACCACAGCAAGAAAUGUUUUGAAAAAAGUGUAUCGAGAUCACCACCACCGUCAUCAUCAUCAUCAUCACGCCAUCGUCAUCAUCACCACCAACCACCACCGCAGUGAACAUCACCAUUUCCAGCAUCACCAUCGCCACCGCUUUUACACUCCACGUGCUCUGUAACACGAUCUAGUCACACCGUAGGUUAGACUACAAUAAGAAAGGGGAAUUCAAU